CAAGGACACAAAGGCGUCGACGAAGCGCGUCAACGUUCAAGACAGUCGUCGCAUCACAAUGCAAUAGACACCAAGUCAGCAUGGUGUACCGCGUAUACGAUAUCAAGAGCGAGGCUCCGAGCGGUCGCAACACUCCGCCAGCGCGACCGGCCCAACCCUACCACGUCAGCGAUCCCCCCUACGAAGGCUACCAUGCUGUCGAGCAGAGCGCAUACCGCAGCAGCGCUCCCGACAGCGCCAUAGUCAUCGACAAUGGCUCAUACAACAUCCGCGCCGGAUGGCAAUCCGACCGUAGCCCACGCCUGUCCCUACCGCCGCUCAUGGCUCGAUACACGGAUCGCAAGCUAAACCGCAAGCUCAACUUCAUCGGCUCGGAAAUCUACUUCGAUGGCACAGCUCGAGGUCAAGCCAAAAAUCUGUACGAACCCGGAAGCAACAUCAUCAACAACUGGGACGUCCUGGAGGGUGCUUUGGACUACAUCUUCAUCAAGCUAGGCAUUGACGGCUCUAAGGGACACGUCGAUCGCCCCGUUGUCAUGACUGAGCCCUUGGCCAAUCUCCAUUACUCCAAGCGCACAAUGUCCGAAGUCCUCUUCGAGCUGUAUGGUGUGCCCUCGGCUGCAUACGGUGUCGACUCUCUUUUCUCCUACGCACACAAUGGUGGUCGCACGGGGCUUGUUGUCUCAUCAUCAUACACGUCAACUCACCUCGUUCCCGUCGUUGACAAGAAACCACUCUUUGCACAGGCCACGCGACUGGAUUGGGGUCGUUCACAAUGCGCCGAGUACCUCAACAAGCUGCUACGCGCAAAAUACCCAGCACUGCCCGGCAAGAUCAACGACACCCAGAUCGAAGACUUGGUUCGCCAACACUGCUACGUUUCUCAGAACUACAACGGCGAAAUGGCAAACUAUCUAGAUUGGACUGGUCUGGAGGACCGCGAUGUAAUCGUUCAACUGCCCUUCACGGAGAAAGAGGUGGUUCAGAAGACCGAGGAAGAGCUCGUCAGAGCUGCCGAAAAGCGCAAAGAGAGUGGUCGACGACUACAAGAACAAGCUGCCAAGAUGCGCCUCGACAAACUGAUUCGCAAGGAACAAGAGCUGGAGUACUACAAGGAUCUCCAGGAGAAGCUUACCACGGCCACCAAGAAGGAUAUACGCUCCAUGCUUGAGGCUGAAGACUUCAACAACGAAGCUCAACUGGAGCGCAAGAUCAAAGAUAUGGAGCGUUCAAUCCGGAAGCAGAGAAACAAGGAUGUUGGCGACAUUGACGAGCCCGAGGAGGUUCCAAGUUAUCCCUUGCUUGACAUUGCAGACGAAGACCUUGACGAGGAAGGACUGAAGCAAAAGCGUCAGCAACGCUUGGUGAAGUCCAAUCACGACGCUCGUGCUCGUGCAAAGGCUGAGAAGGAACGUGAAAAGGCCAGAGUCGCAGAAGAGGAGCGUUUAGACGCUGAGCGCCGGGAGAAUGACACUGAAGCCUGGCUGGAAGAGAGGAGAGUUGCACGUCAGAACAUGGUUCAGCGCAUCAAGGAAAGAGACCGCCUUAAGGCUGACCUUGGGAAUCGCAAAUCACUCGCGAGUCAGAUUCGCAUGAAGAACAUCGCCAAUCUAGCAUCUGACACCCCCAAGAAACGUCGCCGAGGCGGAGACGAUGACACCUUCGGUGCAGACGAUGCCGACUGGGGUAUCUACCGUCAAAUCGCCACUGGCGAUCAGAGUGAUGAUGAAGAGGAAGAAGAUCUCGGCGCCAGUCUCAAGGACAUCGAGGCACAACUUCUGAAGUACGAUCCGACAUUCACAGAGCAAAGCACACAAGAGGCACAACAAGACUGGACCAAGAGUGUUCUUCACUCGUUCCUACGUGGACCUUGGCCUUUUGAUCCCGAGAGCCAGAGAGAGCUCAAUCAAAUACAUCUCAAUGUGGAGCGCAUCCGCGUGCCCGAAGUCAUAUUCCAGCCCGGUAUCGCGGGUAUUGAUCAGGCAGGGAUCGUCGAAAUCGCCGAAGACAUCAUCACACAACGCUUGUCCGGCUCUUCAAGGCGCGACGACAUGCUCAAGGACAUAUUCUUGACGGGAGGUUACACCCACUUCCAGGGCUUCGAGGAGCGUCUGCGUAAUGAACUGCGCGCUGUAUUGCCUGCGGACAUCGCUCUCGGCGUACGUAAAGCCAAAGACCCCGUUCUCGACGCCUGGAGAGGUGCUGCUGAGUGGGCCGCUAGUCCGACGUCAAGAAAAUCGUUUGUGACACGAGCGGAAUAUCACGAAAAGGGAGCAGACUACAUCAAGGAGCACGAUCUGGGGAAUGCAGCUUUUUGAUAGUAGAUGCAGGUGUGCAGUAGUUUUAAUUCCAGAUGGGGCUCGGCAAGUGGCGUUCAUGGGCGCAAUAUGAAGUUGCAUGGUGAUACCCGUUUUUUCCUCGUCUCAGACGACUCUGACGAUUCAUGGCGCACCAAUUUUUAGUUUAUUACUGCAAAAACAUGCAUGCGACCAAAACUCGACAGCCCUAUUACAGUGCCUAAUGUUAUAAAUGAAUACAACAGGCUUCCAAUCAUAUUGACUGAACUUAGUGCCCAGACC